AAGCCUCUGCUAGAUGUCGAAACAGCUCGAACACGAAGACACUAGCAGCAGAAAACGCAGCGUCUCAGAAAACAAACUGUGCUGCCCAGCAAGGCACAGUCUCCAAGGACUUCUGACAGCUUUUGUGGAGCCAAAAGGGAAGAUUUGAGGACUCAAAAUUGUCAACAAACGAGGACAUAAAACAUCUUGAAGUGUGCUGUUAUUUGGGAGUCUUGUAAUUUGAGAGUACACUUAAACUCUUUUGGAGUGGCAAGAGGCAAAGCAGAGAAAAGUCACUCUGGAAUCUUUAAAAAGUGAAAAGAGGAGAGAAGAAGAAACAGCAAUUGCAUCUCAAAGAGUAAACACACAGCGUUUCCCAUCUCCAGCAAUGGCUGUACGUCCAGUGGAAACUGUGGGCUUUAAUAUGCUCCCUGCUCACUUGAUGGCUUCUGCUAUGGAAGAGUUCCCACAGCAGCUCCCUGUACCCAAGGGCCCAGCUAGGGGCCGCAGUCGUCCCAAGCGACCGCGAGAAGCUCGCUUCAAAACUCAGCCAGUGACCUUCGCAGAGAUUGCAGAGGUGGAAGAGGAAGGAGCUUCACCACUGGAGGAAGAGAGAGCACGACGCUCCUUCUUGCAGUCUCUAGAGAGCCUGAGGAGGAGCACACAAUCUCUACAACACACAGGAACUACACAACACGGCAGAACCAGCACACCGACACAGGCCAGCCUGGACUCAAGUGACUCAGACUCAGCCCAAUGAGUGAGAGAGAGAGAGAGAGAGAGAGAGAGAGAGAGAGAGAGAGAGAGAGAGAGAGAGAGAGAGAGAGAGAGA